GGUCUCGCGAGAGUAAUGGCGUCAUGGAGGAAGGCACGGAUUGUGGACGUACGCCGGAAGUGGACGGCUCGGUUCCUUUUCCUUCGAAUAUUUGCCAGAAGCGGAAGGAACUCGGCAGUCGGCAUGGCGGCGGCGUGGUUGUGCUUUCUCCUUCUCUUCGACCUGGUGACGUUUGGUGCUUCGGUGCCGCUUAAAUCACCCGUUUUGAAAUAUUUGAAGAAGACUGGAAAUGCGCUUCCAGAUGCAUCCCAAAAGCAGUCACUCUUGCAACACACAACUCAAGUUGAAGACACUGAAAAAAACCCAUCUCGUGGAUCUCUUAAAGGUGAUACUCUGAAUGCUGGAGAUUCCAGUCCACCCUCCCAAGAGACAAAUAGCCAAGGAAGCUCCCAGUCUGGUGGAAAUCCUAAAGAUGAUACUCUGAACCAGGAUAAUGCUAGAGAUUCCAGUCCACCCUCCCAAGGGUCAAAUGGCCAAGGAAGCUCCCAGUCUGGUGGAAAUCCUAAAGUUGAUACUCUGAACCAGCAUAAUGCUGGAGAUUCCAGUCCACCCUCCCAAGGGUCAAAUGGCCAAGGAAGCUCCCAGUCUGGUGGAAAUCCUAAAGGUGAUACUCUGAACCAGGAUAAUGCUGGAGAUUCCAGUCCACCCUCCCAAGGGUCAAAUGGCCAAGGAAGCUUCCAGUCUGGUGGAAAUCCUAAAGGUGAUACUCUGAACCAGCAUAAUGCUGGAGAUUCCAGUCCACCCUCCCAAGGGUCAAAUGGCCAAGGAAGCUCCCAGUCUGGUGGAAAUCCUAAAGAUGAUACUCUGAACCAGGAUAAUGCUGGAGAUUCCAGUCCACCCUCCCAAGGGUCAAAUGGCCAAGGAAGCUCCCAGUCUGGUGGAAAUCCUAAAGGUGAUACUCUGAACCAGGAUAAUGCUGGAGAUUCCAGUCCACCCUCCCAGGGGUCAAAUGGCCAAGGAAGCUCCCAGUCUGGUGGAUCUCCUAAAGAUGAUACUCUGAACCAGCAUAAUGCUGGAGAUUCCAGUCCACCCUCCCAAGGGUCAAAUGGCCAAGGAAGCUCCCAGUCUGGUGGAAAUCCUAAAGUUGAUACUCUGAACCAGGAUAAUGCUGGAGAUUCCGGUCCACCCUCCCAAGGGUCAAAUGGCCAAGGAAGCUCCCAGUCUGGUGGAUCUCCUAAAGGUGAUACUCUGAACCAGGAUAGUGCUGGAGAUUCCAGUCCACCCUCCCAAGAGUCAAAUGGCCAAGGAAGCUCCCAGUCUGGUGGAAAUCCUAAAGUUGAUACUCUGAACCAGCAUAAUGCUGGAGAUUCCAGUCCACCCUUCCAAGGGUCAAAUGGCCAAGGAAGCUCCCAGUCUGGUGGAAAUCCUAAAGGUGAUACUCUGAACCAGCAUAAUGCUGGAGAUUCCAGUCCACCCUCCCAAGGGUCAAAUGGCCAAGGAAGCUCCCAGUCUGGUGGAAAUCCUAAAGGUGAUACUCUGAACCAGGAUAAUGCUGGAGAUUCCAGUCCACCCUCCCAAGGGUCAAAUGGCCAAGGAAGCUCCCAGUCUGGUGGAAAUCCUAAAGGUGAUACUCUGAACCAGGAUAGUGCUGGAGAUUCCAGUCCACCCUCCCAAGGGUCAAAUGGCCAAGGAAGCUCCCAGUCUGGUGGAAAUCCUAAAGAUGAUACUCUGAACCAGGAUAAUGCUGGAGAUUCCAGUCCACUCUCCCAAGGGUCAAAUGGCCAAGGAAGCUCCCAGUCUGGUGGAAAUCCUAAAGGUGAUACUCUGAACCAGGAUAAUGCUGGAGAUUCCAGUCCACUCUCCCAAGGGUCAAAUGGUCAAGGAGGCUCCCAGUCUGAUCUGGCUAAAGUUGGAAUGAAAGGGGAUGGAAAGAAAGGCGGAGAGGAGACUGAUGAGCAUUCCCAGUCUAAUUUAAAGAACUCCUUAGCUAGUCCAGCCCCCAAGAAUGGAUCUGAAAAUAGCCACUUCUUUGCCUAUUUGGUGGCCACAGCCAUUGUUGUUGCUGCUUUAUAUAUAGCCUAUCACAAUAAGCGAAAAAUUAUUGCCUUUGCUUUAGAAGGAAAAAAAUCAAAGGUACCCCGAAGGCCCAAAUCCAGUGACUAUCAGCGACUGGAUCAAAAGAUCUAAAGUAAUUCCAGAAAUUCAAAGAUGAUGCUGUGCUGAAUAAAGACUCAUUCCCAAAAUGAGUACAUGCAAGACAUGGAAGGAAGCCUCGCCUUCCAUCAUGAGUACAGCCCUGAAGCCUAUUGGCUGUACUGCUGAGCCCUGGGGGAGGGAGAUGCGGAAGUGCUUUUAAUUGUGCACAUGCACUUUGGAAACGGCUAUGCCUCUGUCUUUAUUUCAAAUGUUUAUGCUCCUCUCAGCUACUUGAAGUUGGACUGUUUUUUUCCCUAAACUGCGACAUAAGAACCAACAGUGGACAGUACUGUGUGUUUGUGUGUCUCUCUUCCCAAAAGAUGUGGUAUUUACCUUCUGCUGUAUCAAAGGGUUGUAUUUAGGAAGUGGCUUAUUGAAUGUACAGAUUAAGUAGUUCCCCUGCUAGGUUCCUGGCAUUUUCCCUAAUAAUUGAUCGGGUGGGUUAGUUGACUUUGAUGAAGGCUCUCAGCUGCUAUCCACGAUAUUGAAAGCAGAAGCUCUCUUUGUGAUCCACUGUGGUACUUGAGGUAUGUCUUGCCAGACAGACCUUAUGGAUGCCUUCUGUCUGUAGAUGGCAAUAUUGGGAAAUGAAUGUUCAGUGUUGCAGUUCUUCCCCCUAGCGGUGUCAGAAUACAUGAAAAGGUGGAAUCGUCCUGCUCAGCUUGUGGCUUCCUCAUUCUUGAUAAAAAUGGUGCAUUUCUGAUUGCUAGACCAAAGGUCAAACGAUCGCAAGUCUUCUGGUGUAAAAGGCUUUGGGGUUGGGGAUGUUCGAAUCCUCCCUUCUCUAUGUCCCACUUUGUGCAGAGCUGCAGAGCUGCUUUGAGAAGGAUGUUAACAAAUUUAUCAGGUAGUGGUGCCAUAUCCCCAUUGCAGAUGUCGCAGGAGGAUGGUCUGGAUCCUCCCUUCUCUAUGUCCCACUUUGUGCAGAGCUGCAGAGCUGCUUUGAGAAGGAUGUUAACAAAUUUAUCAGGUAGUGGUGCCAUAUCCCCAUUGCAGAUGUCGCAGGAGGAUGGUCUGGGGCUAUUCCUACCCAUCUGGAGCCACAAGUAAUUUAACGAUACAUCCUCACAGAUCAUUUUCAAAGGAAAAAAAACUAUUUGUAAAUACUUGUUUGUGUUAUAAAUCUACACUGAAUAGACUCUCACUUAGGAACCCAAAAAUGUAAUUACUUGUUGCAUAAAUGUAAAUGUGUUUUUUUUUCCACUUCAGAAACCUAUUUUGGGGCAUCACUUUUUAAUUGUGAAGGGCACUUGUGUAAAAAAUAGAUCAUGAAUGCACUGCAGGAAAUUGUAGUUCAGAGGUGCACGUGUGUGUGUGUGUAAUUGCAUAGCAGCACUAUCUUUUUCCUGUGUCUGAAUUCGGAACAAAUGUUCCUGUAAUUCCACAGAGCAAGCUGUAAUGCACAACAGCCUGUUCUACUGAAUGUGAGUUUGAGUUUGGCCUUUAUCAAACUGCUGUUUUCUUUUUUUCUACUCACAAUGAGGAAGGGCGAGCAGGGGAAAUAAAAUGUGAAUGGGAAAAUAAUCCUAAGGUGUGCCCGAGGCUGCCUUUUUUUCUUACGUAUUUCCUGUCAAAAUCCUUAAUUCUCUCAGUGCAAUGAAACCUGUUCAGUCACUCAGCUGAGUUGCCUUUAAACCUUUUCAAAUGAACUCACCCUGCACGCUGUCCCCGAAAACUGAGCCUUCCUGCACUUCCUUUCAAUAGCUUCUGCCUUCAGAAAUGUUUCAGGUGGGGCAACAGCACGUUUUGAAUGCUUCUUGCUAUAAGAAACUGACUUGCAUUUCUGGGUUGAGGUGCGAGGAGAGAAUCUAGCUUUGCCUACCGGGCAGUUUUUAAUUUGAAGGCCACUAAGCGGGGAAGCCUUCAAAACUGAUUUUCUCUUCCCCUCCCCUUGGAAGGAGCCAGAUGUUAUGCAGUCCAUUCCACCAUCUCAUUCUGUUAUUUGAGUAGAUUAGGCCCAAGUCACUUUAGUUGUAGGAAGAGUAGGGAACUUUUUUGUGCCCAGAGGGCCAGAUCUUUGUCUCUCCUCAUACCAUAAGCCCACUUGGACAAGUGGGUGGGGUCACCUAUCUGUCUGUCAUCUGAGAUGAUGGUGACAGGUUGGUGGUUCUACCCACCAGUCAGUUGACCCAUGGGGUGAGGGGUUUGCUUCACUAGGCUAUUCCCCGCACUGGUGAAGCAAGACUGAACUCUGCUCGUCAGCUUAUGAGCAGAGUCUUCAGUCCUGCUCUCUGCAAGGGUCUGCUUCUCCAGUGGAUUCUCUGCAGGAUUGAACCCCCCACCAUCAGCUGACAUGCCCAAAUGACAUCAACUGAUUAACAGGUGGGUGUGGUUUAGGGGAAAUGGCCUCGCUGCCCAAAUUGGUGUGUCAAGAUUGCCCUGUGGGCUACAGGUUCUCCACCCCUGCUUCAAUGCAUGAAUGGCUCAAGCAGUCUUGGGCAUAGCAUAGAACUUUGCUAUCUCUGCAAGUCCAUGGGCUAACUAUAGAUCUUUUAGCUUAUUUGUAGCCACCCAGAUAAGAAACAAAAAAUGGGGAGGAUUAGUAUUGUAUGGUUUCCUCCCACCCCUCCCCGGCCAGUAGAUUACCUAUUUGCAACUAGCAGAACUAGGGUAGAUUUCUGGGGUGCAGUAGGAUCUCUGGCUCUGAGCUGUUAGCGAAUAAGCACUAGUGGGUGAAUUCUGUCAUCAUGCCUAUUUAAUUAUAAAAUAAAUCUGUGGGAAUGCCUUUUCUCUUGUUCAUAUAUUUUGUGGUAUUUUGACUUCAGGCACAAGGCUAAAGUUUUAAACAGGUAAAAGCUUGCUUGGUAUUUCUGUGUUCACUUUAAAGGGGGGGAGCUAAACGUCACAUGAAUGGAGUUCUCUUGCUGGAUCACUUCCUUACGAAUUGUUUUGGUGUUUUUUUUCUAGUUUUCUUUUAGGUCAGCCCCCUUCCCUGUUUGAACCCACAGGUGUGUUCCUGGUUCUUGCAGUUUUAAAAAUGAGACACUUUAAGAAAAAAAAAGUUCAGACUUGUUUUGAAUCUAUUUGUAUUCCCCCCCCCGCAUGGUGAAUUAAAUAAAUGGCUCUACCAUA